AAGGACCAAACCCUACACCUCCGAGCCGCCGACGCCGACAGGCGACGGCCACCAUUGAGGACACCCCUCGCCGUCGCCGCUAGUGCCCGUGCCGCUCACGGACGGGAACUUCGCCGGCACCGCCUUUUUCACGGCCUUCCUCGUGUAGGCUUGGUUCCUAAUCUGUUCCCAUGGGCAAAUCCAACGAUAAGAAAGCUUUGCGGGAAGCGAAGGAGGGUAAGAAAUUGGCGCUUGGAGUAAAGAGGAAGCAACUGAAGAGGAAGAAGGGCAGAAGUUUGGAAUCUGCUGUCGAGAGCGAGGCUGCUGCCGAGCAUGGAGCUGCAGAAGAUAAAGAAUUGGCACGGAGCAAGAAAAUUGUAUUGAUGAAGCAGAAGAAGAAAAAUAAGCAUGCCAAACUAAAGAGCAAUCAUGCCAGGGCUGAUGGUGUGGCAGAAUUACAGUCAGACAGCAAGGGUGAUGCAACACCUAAGCUGAAGAAGAAGAAGACCAAAAAGAAGCUAAUGGAUGGUAGCAGUCCUGUCAAGGUAUAUGAAAGUUCAUUUGUUAGUGACGAUGCCGGAACACCUAAGCUGAAGAAGAAGAAAAAGAAGGUAAAGGAAGGGAAGAUCUCUGCUGGGCUUAAUGAUGCAGACGAAAUCCUGCAUGAAAAUCAAGAUGAAGAAACUCAAAGUGCUGAUGUCAACCAACGUGCAGCACAGAGUGAAGAUAUGGAUCAUGGGGACCCUGAGAAAGCAAAGAGGGGAAAGAAAAAUAAGACUAAGAAAGUAAAAAAAUCUGGAAAGGCUGACAAUACAGAUAGUCAUGCAUCAAGCAAAGAGAACAACUUGGAGAAGCAUGUUGAAAUUGGCACGGCAAACGUCGAUGAGAUUCCAUCAGUUGACGAAGACUAUUCCAGAGGAAUGAAAAAAUGGAUCCUGGAGUACAAACAGAAGAGACCAGGCUUGAAAGUUUUGCAGGAAAGAAUAGAUGAAUUUAUAGUUGCUCAUGAGGAACAACAAGAGAAGGAGAGGAAAGAAAGGGAGGCACGCGCGGCAGGAGAAGGAUGGACGGUUGUGGUGCAUCACAAGGGUAGGAAAAAGACCACAGAUACUGAAACUGGAACAGCUGUUGGCUCUGUAUCUCUUGCUGCAAUGCAAGAGAAAAUGGCUAACAAGAAACCCAAGGAAGUUGCUCCAAACUUCUACAGAUUUCAGAAACGAGAAGCCCACCUCAGUGAACUCGCGAUGCUGCAGAGCAAGUUUGAGCAGGACAAGAAAAGGAUACAGAAGCUUAGGGCUCAGAGGAAAUUCAAGCCGUACUAAAUCUGCCCUUACCUCAGAUGCCGAAGGGGUGAUUGCUGUUGGUCACCCAUUCGCCGCCUUCUCGACAAACUAUUUUGGUUGGCUGGACAUUCUCUAGGAUGUAUGGUUCUUAACUGAAACUAUGUCAGUUGUACACUAUGUCUUUUCCAGUGCCAAUAUAUUGGUCUAAAUCAAGCUUU